AUGCGCCUCCAAAGAAGCAACAACCUCAUCAUACUCAGUACAAACCGCACCCGCAUCCCACUUAUCAGCGACCACACCACGCGCCUCAGCAGCACCACGCACCCCAACAGCACCACACAACCCAUCACCACCACACAGUCCAGCAGCACCACACAACCCAGCAACAUCAUGCACCUCACAACCCGUACCCACGCCCUCUUCAGCCUACCUAUCAACAACAAUCAAGACCACAUCCCGUUUCGCACCAUCAGAGCCAUGUACACCCCGGCCAUCAAUCACAACCGCAUGCUGCCCCGCAUUAUCAGAACUCAGGCUACCAACCACAGCACCAAAGCUACCAACAGAACCAACACAUAG